AUGUUUAACCUAUCAAACGCUCCCACAGUUCCUCUCGGUGACGACGAACUCAGCGCGGACGCUGACGAACCACCGGACGACCAAAUAUCUCCACUGACCGCCACCGCCACGCGAGAGGCUCUCUACCAUCGCUCUAACGCUCCUCCAAACCCUCGCCGCGAGUCUCUCUUAACUCGGGCAAUUAUGGCAGAAUCCAAACACGGAGAUGACACUCAUAGGCUGGCCGACCGUGGACUGUCGACGACGUCUUCUCAUAGUACAGCGAGCAUGCCUUCGACUGCGGAGUUGACGAGUGACGGGGACACCAGCCAGUCACGGUCAGUAACACCUAGUCCGCCACCUCCUUCGGGACGCUUCGCUCCCCUUCUUGAUCUCAAGAAAAAUGGCCCUCAGGUGGUCAUUGCCGCACCGAUUACGAAGGAUGAGAGGGAAGCAGCGGUUGAGAAGACGUUGGGCCGUAAGCGCUGCAUCAUGUUCGCAUGCGGAGGCACAGAUUCUGAAAAGAGCAACGACAAUGUGACGCUCCGCAAGCAAAAGCCAGCAGUCGAACAACCCGAGGCUCCGAAGCGGAAGUGCGCCCUCACCUUUGCUUGUCCCUCACGUACCAGCGCAAUCGAGACCAAAGGCUCUCCCGCCAAGCUACGGGCCGAAUCCAAGAUCACACGUCGCCCAUCACCUGCCCCUUUCCCACGCAAGUCCACUUCAGAGUCUGUCGACGUCUCGGGCCACUCCGCCGGUACAGCUAGGAUGGCUAGUCCUGAGAAAACGAGACCGAAUCCACCCUCUCCAAAGGCGACCUUUCAUGAAUUUGCCGCAUCUCAGGAUGAGACUGACGCAUGGGUCGACAAGCCAGAUGUUCACAAGGAGAGGAUCACCUUUGAUGACUGCAUGAAGAAGGAAAACCGCAUCAGGCAAAUCGGCCGUGAAGCAGAAGAGGAGGCGGAAGAAGAAGAACGAGAACAGGAAGAGCUCGGAAACGCAUCUGAGGAUGAGUACAACGACAACGAAGACGACUUCGCCCCGUCCGAUGACGGCUCCGAUGACGGUAACGAAUCGGACGACGAGGGCGGUUUCGCCAGCUCUGAUGAGGAAAGCGACGGCGGCUCGGAAUAUAGAUUUUGGGCGCCCUCGAACACCGUCGUGCCCACCGGCAGCGAACAUAUCAACAUAAGUCAUUUCAGCGCACGUCGACAGUCCGAGGCCAGUUCUGUCGAGUCCUUGACCCGAUCGAGUACGCCACCGCUCCAUUCAAUGAUGAAGCAGGCUGGAAGACGUCGCAACAUUGGCGUCAAGGUGUCGAAAAUGAGACCUGGCACACCGGAGUUGCCGGAUAGCACAGACUUCGUUUGUGGAACGCUUGACGAAGAUCGUCCUUUGGAGGCCGCAUAUAUCUCCUGCCGCGAGCAGAAAAAGCGGGAGAAGCAUAUUCCUAUCCCACAGGACAUUGAUCCAAGCUUCCCAACGACCGACCCGGAAGACAACGAGGAAAACAGCGACGAAGAAGAGCUCGCUGACUCGCAGCAUAGCUCGGACGGUCCGCGAUGGCUUAAGGAUGGGUUUGCUGAUUUUGACGAGGAGCAUCAAGGACGUCGUAAACCAUCGUUCACAAUGCCCAUCGCCCAUUCACCCUCUCCUCCUCGUGCUGCGUUUGGCGGAAGAGUCGGCCGCACCACUCACCGCUCGCCACCUCCGAGGCAUGCGGUCGCACGGUCACCGCCGCCUCGAAAACUGUUUGGGCAUUCUCCCACAAGACUCAGGUCGCCGUUUCCGUCAGCCAAGUUACGUUCUCCCCGUGGCUCUCCGACAUACUCUGCCAUCCCGACAAGGAUCAAUCCAAGAGGACUUGCUCAACGUCCGACAAUGGAGCGGACCGCAUCGCUUCCAGACACUCCUAAUCCCUUCUUCAAAAAUUUCCAUAUUGGUAGUCCUUCGAUCUCCAAUAUCGCGUCUGGAGCCGUCACACCAGCUAUCGAGGAGCCCCCGCGUCCGGACAUGCACGUUCGUGGGCCAGUCGACAUUGUCGCUGGGCUCGAAAAGAAACGCCAGAAGCGUAAAGAAAAAUAUUGGCGUCAGCAUUGUCGUAAAGCAGCCAAGGAGCAGGCUGAACGCAAACCGAUCCCGGGUCGUGGAGCGGAAAGAAUGAAGGAGCUUGGCCUCGAAUGUGCAGAACGAACAAAAGGCUACGGCAUCGGACAACAAACUCAGCUGGUGCUUUCACUUUGA